AUGGCUAUGUUACAACUUCUGAUACUUGCUGUUGUUGCCUUUGUUGGUGUUGAGGGUUUCUCGACAAGCUUGUGUUCUGGUAACCCCUGCGGGACCGGAUAUACAUGCUACCUCCUGUUUCAAUCCGAUGGACAUCCCUCCAACGGACUCCAAUGCUGUGAUAAUUCAAACAGUAAAUGUACCUCUUUUUUUCCUGAUGGAUCAAGUGGUGGAAGUGGCAUUAAUUACCUUGGAGGCUCUAGCGGGUCUAGUGGCUCUAGUGACAUCAGCGUUUCAGUUAACGGCGAUUAUGAUUACUGCACUACGAACUGCGUAAACGGAUAUUGUACAUAUGAUGGAAGCAUGUACGUCUGCAAUUGUGUAUCCGGUUACUCUGGCACCAUGUGUAAUACAUAUGCAUAUGACUAUUGUACACCAGAUCCUUGCAAGAACGGAUAUUGUUCAAGCUCUGGCAGUGGUCACAGUUGUUAUUGUUACUCUGGAUAUGUGGGAACAGACUGUGAUACAUAUGACUACUGUAAUCCAAAUCCUUGUGUAUAUGGAACAUGUUCAAACACUGACAAUGGAUAUGAGUGUUCUUGCUACUCUGGAUAUUCAGGGAAAUCCUGUGAUACAUAUGACUACUGCACACCAAAUCCUUGUGUCUAUGGAACCUGUCAAAACACUGGUAGUGGUUAUGAGUGUGUGUGCUACCCCGGAUAUUUGGGAUCAUCUUGUGAUAACUAUGACUAUUGCAAAUCCAGUCCUUGCCAACAUGGAUCUUGUCAAAAUACUGCAGAUGGUUAUACUUGUUCGUGCUACACCGGAUAUUUAGGGACAAACUGUGAUGAAAACCCAUGCAGCGUGAAUCCGUGUGUGCAAGGAACCUGCUCACCCGAUGGCAACGGGGGAUACACCUGUACUUGUAACAGUGGUUAUUAUGGAACAAAUUGUGAUACCAACCCAUGCAGUGUCAAUCCAUGCGUUCACGGCACGUGUGUAUCCAGUAGUGAUGGUGGAUACACUUGUAAAUGUCAUACCGGUUACUAUGGAGCAGAUUGUGGUAAGUUGAUCUUAAGCAUUUUGUGUGGUUAA